UUAAGCGGGGAGGAGGAGGAGGAGGAGGGGUGUUCGACGGAGGGAAAUGACGAGCGCCGCCGCGGCGACGGGCGCGGUGCUGGGGGCGCGCACGGCGCGGGCGUGCGACGGGUGCAUGCGGCGGCGGGCGCGGUGGCACUGCCCCGCGGACGAUGCUUUCCUGUGCCAGGCGUGCGACGCAUCCGUGCACUCGGCGAACCCGCUGGCGCGGCGGCACCACCGGGUGUGCCUCCCGUCGGCGUCCUCCUCGCCGGGAUCCUCCCCUCGGUCUGCCCCGCGCGCGGUGGACGACCCCGACGCGCCUGCGUGGCUGCACGGGCUCAAGCGGCGGCCUCGCACGCCGCGGUCCAAGCCCGGGGGCGGCGGCGGCGGCGGCAAGCACGACCCCUCCGCCGCGACGAUGGCUGCUGCGGCCGCGUCGGCGGUCCCGGACCUCGAGGCGGAGGAGUCCGGCAUCGUUGGGGACAUCGACCAUGACAUCGGGGAGGACGACGAGGACCUGCUGUACCGCGUCCCCGUGUUCGACCCCAUGCUCGCCGAGCUCUACAACCCCGUGGCCGACGACGGGGAGCAGCAGAUCAAGAAGAAGCCCGCCCGCCUCGGGCCGUUCUCAGAGCCGUCCCCGGAGUUCGCGUCCGGCUCGGUGGAGGCGGACGGCCUCUCCGGUUUCGACGUGCCGGACAUGGAGCUCGCGAGCUUCGCGGCGGACAUGGAGAGCCUCCUCAUGGGAGUCGACGACGGGUUCGAUGAUCUGGGUUUCUUGGACGAAGAGAAGCCUCAGGUGAAAAUGGACUUGGAUACGGACUUCAACUCCAUCUCACCGGCGCCUCCAGAACGUGACGACAGGAAGAGGAAGCGGCCGGAGAUGAUACUUAAGCUCGACUACGAGGGCGUCAUCGACUCGUGGUUCCGCGACGGAGCCUCGCCAUGGUUCCACGGCGAGCGCCCUCGCUUCGAUGCCGGCGAGCCAUGGUCGGACUUCCCGGCGGGAAGCCGGGGAGGGCUCGGCGCGGCCGUGACGGCGGUGACCGGCGGCGAGCGCGAGGCGCGGGUGUCGCGGUACAGGGAGAAGCGGCGGACGCGGCUGUUCGCCAAGAAGAUCCGGUACGAGGUGCGCAAGCUCAACGCCGAGAAGCGGCCUCGGAUGAAGGGCCGGUUCGUCAAGCGCGCCGCGCUGCCGCCGCUCCCACUGCCCAGGCAGCAGCAGCAGAAGCUGCCGCAUCCGCAUCCGCCGCCGGCGCCGCCGCGCGCUCUGCCGCCGGUGACGGUGAUGCUCGCGCCCCGCGGCGCGCACGGGCGCUUCCGUUUUUGAGAGCAAGCCCUCUCGGCGCCAACGAAUGCGUACAUGCAUGCACGCAUGCAUUGAUGCAUGAUCCAAUAAUAAGUAGUAAAUACAUAUACAAACAUACAUACAUACUCGUCGACUCCUCUCGAUCGUAGCUUGUUCGUUUCAGGUUUGAUUUGAUCGGUGUAGUGCUAGAUUUGGGCAGAAUUAAUCCUUGUGAAUUAGGGCGCUCUACCACUACGUACCAUGCAUGCAGACUAAAGAAUAUGAAUCCGGUUGUGCCUGUGCACAAUUAUUUCAUGUGCAGAUUAAGUAUAUAAUUAAGUUAUGCGUGCGGUGGCUAGGAUGUGUACUUUCUUCAUUUCUGUAAGAAAGGUCCUACUAAUUACAAAGGUUGUAGAUUUUGAUCGUCAUGUAUGUAAAGGCCUAUAUAUGUAUACUGAUAUAUAUAGUGUUUACUGUUUGAGAUUAA